GGAGAGAGGAAGUUGUUUUUCAAAAAGUGAUUGAAAAGAUUUAUUGUUAAAUUGGUCUCAAGAGCUUGAGUUGGAACGGAUGUAGAUUUUUCAGGGUGUACUAAAGCUACGUGACAUUUUACCGAUUUUCAUCCACACCUUUCCCAUCACAACAUGAGCAGUACAGUAAGUUCUCACCUUUACAUCCCUCAAUUUUUUUACGCACAGAGAAAAUGUCAGUUAUGCUGAGCGCAACGUUGUGAAAAUUCCUUGCAACUUCCAGUGUGUGUUUACUGUGAACACUGAGGCUGUACCUGCUGAGGCUAUUUGAUCAUAAUAUAGGCCUACUAGAGUGGCCUGACGGAGAACAUGCAUCCCAUAACAUUUUUAACAUGGAAAUGGCUGUUCUAGCAUUCAGCCUACGGUAGGUAGCAGGCAAUGUGUAGUGUUCGUUGUAGGCCUACAUUCCUGCCACAUGAUAACCCUCCAAGACCUUCAGUUUCAUUUUCACUUAAGCAAAGGGGUCUGGUUUCUAAGAAGCUGUACUUUGUCACAGACACAGAGGAAGAGAAGGACUGGAGCCCCCUCAAGUUCCAGACGCACAGCCAAGAGUAGCAGAGUCACCACCACUGUGCCACUUCGUGCAGCUGCUGCUGCUGAGACCAUUGCUGUGCUGGAGAGCAGUAGGACUAGCAGUGAGGAGGUGGUGGACUUGACAUGUGAAGGUUCUGAGCCGACUGUGGUUGACUUGACCAACAAUGAUUCUGUGGUGGUUGUCGAUGAAGGGCUUCGGGGCAGACGUGGAGUUCGCGGUGAGAGUUACGUGCUGAGCAGUGAUGAGGAGGGGGAUGCCAAUGGGAGCCUCAGUGCUGACCUCCUAUCUUCUCUACAGGCCAGCAGUAGAGCCAGGUCUACGCCAGGUACAGUCAGCUGCCCAGUGUGUAUGGACUCCUAUGCUGAGAUCAUUGAAAGUGGCAGACUAGUGGUCUCCACAAAAUGUGGUCACCUUUUCUGCAGUCAGUGCCUCCGCGACUCACUGUCGAGAUCCCACACUUGCCCAACCUGCAGAAAGAAACUGACCCACAGGCAAUACCACCCCAUAUACAUCUGACUUUGAAUCAUACCCGACUAUCACUGCCCCCUACUGGACAAGCAUACCUUUUCGGUUACAUACACAUUCAACCGAUGUUUCUUCUACAAUGACUCACUCUUAUGCCAGCAGACAUUUACCUACAUUUAAAAAACAAAAUAUAUUCCACCUAUUCUCUUACUGCUGGUCAUUCAUUUCAUAGUAAUAAGAUCGUUGUGGAUCUGCAUCACCAGUGACCACAACCAAGAAAAAACUAAGCUCAGAAGCUAUAUUACCUUUGAUCAGAUACUGUUUUAAUGAAAUGCCACAUUUUAGAGUUUAUUUUCAUUUAGCAACUUGCUCCUUUUAUUUUUAUCUUAAGAAGUCAAUGUUGUGUUGAUGGCACUUAAGUUGCACUAUGCAGAAAGCGCGCCACCAUUUCCUGGUUGCUAAAACUCUAAUAGUUAGUCUAAUAUCAGUUUAUAUGACAAAGUAAGCUAGUAUAGUGUAGAGAAUCAUUGUACAUCUAAACCAUUAAAUUAUUUCCAUAACCAAAAAUAUUGUUUCAGCUUUUUUAAGCUUGUGUACAAAACUGAAAGUAAGACUCAAACAAAACUUAAGCAUAGAAAUAGAACACAUAUACCGCUUCUUAGCCUUGCUUUAAAGUAGAAUAAUAGAUCUAUAACCCAAAUUUCUAUGCAAAUUUGGUCUGGUUGCCCAAAAAGUUACACGUUGCCACAGGAGACCCAACUCUAACUCCAGUAGAAACAUCUGAUUAUUGCUGCUGAGUAGGUGGAUGUCUGAAUGGUGGGUGUUGCUUGAAUUGUCAUCACCAUUGUUGUAAAUAAUUUUGUGUAUGUGUGGAUAGAGAUGCAUAAGUUAAUUUAAGGUUCAAUAAAAAUGUUGAUUGAAA